AUGAUUGCACAUUUCUGGUACAUUCUUCUCGUCCUCACUGCUUUUGCAAAUUACGGAGUAUUAGGCAGUUGUGUGCUGGAAUGUAAAGACUUCUUACCCUCCAAAGCUUGUCGAAAUUUUGAAAUAAGUACAAAGUUGUGCUCAGAUCCUACUAAGAAAGAUUCAAGACAGGACGGUCAAAGGAUAUUGCAUGCAGCUUAUAAGACGUCGGAGUUGUCGCGACUUGCAUCGCUCCUCUUGAUCAAAGUUGGGCGAGAGUAUGGCAUUGACGCGCUCUUAGCAGUUGGGGCAUAG